UUCAAAAUGAAGUUUGGCAAGACCUUUGAAAGUCUCUUGACCUCUGAAUGGCGGCAGCAGUACAUAAACUACAAUGAGUUGAAAGCAAUGAUUGCGCAAGCAGUGGAUGAAGCACCUGAUCCAGCCGAUGCCACCAGUAUUGAGAUCAACAAUUACUACAAUGAAUUCGAGAUUCUGUUCUUUCACACCUGUAAGGUGGAGCUAACCAGGGUCAACAACUUCUUCUCCCACAAGGAAGCGGAGGCGCAACGCAAGCUGGCCACAUUGAAGUACGAGCUAACCAUCGGCCGUAGUCAUGGACAGCCGGGACCCAGGGGCUCCAAGGUGGUAAUGGAUGGGGCUCAUAUUUCCCGUGCCAAGCGACGCAAGCUACCCCUGGCCAUGAGCGAGUUCUAUCUGAGCUUAGUCAUGCUACAGAACUACCAGGCCCUGAAUCAUACGGCUUUCCGGAAAAUUUGCAAAAAGUAUGACAAGAACAUAAAGACAUCGGCUGCGAAUAGAUGGUAUGAAAACUUUGUGCUCCAGGCCCCGUUUGUGAAGACCUCUGUUCUGGUUGAGAUGAUCACGACUGUGGAGGAACUGUACACGGAGUUUCUGACCAACGGAGACCGAGCCAAGGCCAUGGCCAGGCUACGGGUUCCGCCCCUUGGUCAGCCCACUCCACCAGCCGAUGUGUUCUUUGCCGCCUUCUUCCUGGGACUCUUUCUUGUCUCAGCUUUGAUUUGCAUUUUGUCAUUUUUUGUUCUUAACCGGACGGAGGAGUUUCGGUUUAUGUUUUUCUCCUUGUUUAGGGGGCCUGUGGCCGGAAUGCUUUUUGGCUUCAUUUUAGUCAUCGAUGUGCACAUCUGGCAGAAGGCUGGAGUCAACCACGUCUUGAUCUUCGAGGUGGAACGCCGGAAAACCCUGGGCUCUGUUAAGGGAUUGCAGAUAGUCAGCUGUUUGGGGUAUCUCUGCACCUUGGGGAUCCUGCUCUAUUUGUUUCACGAUGAGUUUUAUAUAAAAGACCCAUACCUCAUCCCACUGGCCAAUACGGCAAUAGGUUUUGCCCUGCUCCUGAAUCCCAUACCCGUUCUCUUUUCGUCGGCCAGAUUUUGGCUAAUCCGCACCUUUGGGCGCGUCAUAAUGGCUCCGUUUUACGAGGUGAAGUUCGUGGACUUCUGGAUGGCCGAUCAGUGGAACUCGCUUAUUAUUUGCACCGUGGACCUCUACUAUCAACUCCGGUUUUAUUUCCAAUAUUUCCGGGGUAGCGCGAACGCCUUUGACUUUGAGCCGGACUAUGGAGUGGCCAUAAUCAGGUGCUUGCCCUCCUGGUGUCGUUUGGCCCAGUGUCUUCGAAGAUAUUCAGACAGCAAGCCCUUUAGCAUCGAUCAUCUAUUGAAUGCAAUCAAGUACGUCCUUUCCAUGACAGUGGUUCUCUUCUCUACCAUCCAUAUGAAUACGAACGAAAAAUAUGAGCACAUGUUUCAGAAUCCCUGGACAUGGGCCUAUUUAAUUAUGGCAGUGAUGAGCUCAACUUACUCUCUAUCUUGGGACUUGUUGAUGGAUUUUGGUCUUUUCAGAAUUUGGAAGGGUGAGAAUAUAUUUCUACGCGAAAGUUUAGUUUAUCCCAAGACCUUUUAUUACUUUGCCAUAGUCGAAAACGUGGUGCUGCGAUUUGCAUGGAUUAUGGAGUUUACUCUCGUCAAUGUGGGUAUUUGUAAAGCUUACAAUGGAAAAUCCCUUUUGCUAUUCUUGGAAAUCUUUCGACGACUGAUUUGGAAUCUGCUACGUCUUGAAAACGAGCAUCUGAAUAAUUGCGGAAAGUUUAGAGCCACUCGGGACAUAUUCAUAACUAGUUUGCACCCUAAAGCGGAAAGGGAUCUGGAGAAAAUGAUGGACGAAUCGGAAACCGCCAUAAGAGAAUCGUCAGAAAAAAAGUUUUAUUAAACCAAUUGUUGACCGAUUUCCUAUCCAUU